AUGAGAGGCAAACAGCAAGUAUAGCAGUAUCAAAAGCAGUUUAAAUCAUCUGUCAAUGGCUCCUCAAAUCCACCCCAUCCUUAGCAUAAACGCUAAAUAUCAGUUUCCUAGUAGCAGAAGCAUGUCUAAAAUGACCUGACAGAGGACAUCACAUACCCUGAUUCAGAGCUAGAGGAACUUGAUGGCUCUGCCUUUGUCAUAAGUGAGUAGUCUUCCCCAGAAUUCUAAGUGCAUCAUUACCGAGGACAAGAUGCGAGUUAUUCAAGUCCAAGUAAAAUAAGCAGUAUAGUAAAUGCAAAUGAAUUGGCUUCUUUCACUGAAAAUGGCAAUAUAUACAACAAUUAAGCCAUUUUCAGGAAUAGUUUGGCCAAUAAUAAUAACAGUAUUAUAAGUGGUGGACAUUAAAUUGCAAAUAGUCGGUAAAGCAGAUAUCAAAGCCAAGAUAGAGGACUUAGCAAUGAAAGAAUGGCUGGAGGAGAUAGGGGUCAACCUAUGUACUACAACACUUUAUCGCCCAUACAAGAGUAAAGCCAAAACACCACUUUAAACCGCGAGAGUAUGAUCAAGCAAGCCAUUAAUAAAGAUCGAAAGGAUAGCAUUGGGAAUGCGAAUGUGGACUACUUUAGCUUUGAGUGUAGAGAGCCUAAUAGCCAAGCAAGUCAAUAACAAUAAUCUAAAUUCCACCAGUAGCAUCAUGAGAUGCUUAAGAAAUAAAUCAAACAAAAACUUAAUAGUAAAAAUUCAGUGGCUCAUAUUAGAUCGACUGUGGAAUAACUCUUCAUUUAUUAUUGUGAUUUCUCAAUAGAAAGGGCUCAAAAUAGCAAUUUCAUCAAGCAAGGCAAUUUUAUCAGACUGUUAAAGGACUCUCAGAUCUUGUCUCAUAAUCCUUAGAGCUUGAAUAAUACUCAUAAUUAUACUAACUCUCAUUUGCAUAAUAGUCAAGUCCUAAAUGAAAAAGAAGUCAAUUUAAUGCUGUCCAGAGAGUUAGGGAAUUCAUCAGCAAAGACAAUGGACUUCUAGACAUUUUUAAAUAUGCUAGUCAAAAUAGCUGUGAUUUUAUUUGAAAGAGAAGAUGGUGUGAAUAAUCCUAAGCUUUCAUUGCAGAGGUUGCUAGAUAUGCAUAUUCUGCCUUUGCUUACAUUCAUUGAACAAUAAGUGAAGGAGUAGAUUUAAAAGAAGUUUAAUAAGGAUCAGCAGUAAAACUCAGUCACUGAUAGUGGGCAAUAUAUUCCUCAUGUCUCACUAGAUAUGAUAUAAAACAUCGAGAUAAAAGAAGAAGACCUGUAUAUUAUGAAGUCAAUUAACCCAGUCAUUAUUGAGAUUUACAAUCAUUACAUAUCUGCCUCACCUGCAUCAACUACCUCAGAUAAUCCAAUCAAGAGAUUUUUCAGAUUUCUGAAGGAAUUUGAGAUUUGCCCCUACUUGUUGAAUCAGCGAACCUGCUUCAUUAUCUAUUACUACACAGUUCUUUACCACUCACAGAAUGAAAGCUUGAACUACUCCACAGAUACACCAUAUGAUGUUUCUCUAAGCGAAAUGAUGAAUACGAUUAAAAUAAAACUUGAAACUGGGAAUAGCCCAACUAAGGGUAGAUUAAAAACAAAAAAGAUAUAGGUAAAUAAUGAACAUCCUGAACUCACCUUUGACAAAUUCUAUCUUGCGCUUUAUAGAAUGUCUAUUAUAUUCUACGAUUUAAACCAUCCCAAGCCUAAUUCAUAGGAGCAUGAUAUCCCUCAUAGCAUAGGCCAAAACCAAUCUACAUUUUUAAAUGCCAAGAAACUAUUGAUGAUGUUAAAUCGAAUGGAGUUAACUAAUGGCUUUACCUAGUUUAUCAAUUAUCAGAGGUAGUUUAAAUCUAUAAACAUAUAAUACACUCUCACUCCACAUAGAAACGUGCUGAGCCAACUGAUUUUGAACUAGUAACAUUUUACCUCUUAGUUAGAGCUAGAAUACUACAGAGAGAAUUAUCUUCCAGACUUAGAUGUAUACAGUCUCUGCAAACUAUACAUUGAACAACAAAAUUAAACUAAUUAAGAAAUUAUACCUAACUAUAAUAAUCCAGCCAUAUACAGCAAUCUGCAAGGAGGGGGUGUGGAAUCUGGUAAUAUUUAGAAUCUAAGCUUGAGGGGUAAUAAGGUGUCAAUGGGAGCAGGGAUACAAGCAGUAUAGGAAAAUUUCUAAAAUCAGAUGGAGAUAUUAGUAGAACAAUAAAAUGAUAAUCUGAGGAGGAUAUUUCAGUAUUACUGUUCAUUUGGUGAUCCAAUGAAUAUAGACAAAAUGAAGAGUAAUAAAUUCGUAAAAGUUUUCUCCGAUGCUGGCCUUAUUUAAGAGACAAAGUGCAAUAUUCCAAAAAGUAACUUUAAGACUCCUAUUUAAAAGAAAACUAGGCCCCAAAAUUCAGCACAUUAGUAAAGUAAGCAACCCCAGCAAAACUCAGAGUCGAAACUGGAAAAAUCAGAGAUAGAUUUGAUCUUCAAAAGUUUGGCCUCUAAAGUAACAGUACAGUCCUCGACCCAUUUAAAGACCCACAGUCCACUCAACUAAUCAUCACCUUAGUCCUCUACCUUAAGAUCUCUCAAAACUCCUAACAGAGAUAUUCCUCGUGGUGGAAACUAUAGUGGUUCAAAACUUUCGCAUACCUCCUCUCGCAACUUUACCAAAACCAUUCUUGUCUCUUUGGAUUAGAAUUCAAUAAGCUUUUCCUAGUUCAAAGAAGGACUCUUCCAAGUAGCUAAAUAAUAAGCUUAACUUCAAGGUAUAAAUGAUUGUGUAUGCUAUAUCAACAUGCUUCAUGAUAAAAUCAUCCCCUUAGUUAAGAGUAUCAAUCAGGAUAAGGCUCUCUUCAGUAAUCAGAUAUCCUCUAUGCUAACUCAGCUUGAAAAUGACGAUGUGCUUAUCUUGUUAAGUGAUCUCUACACAGUGAUAUACCCUGUCUUCGAGGUGUACACUGAGGAAACUAAUAAGCUAUAUAUUGAUAUUGAUAGAUAUUCAAAAUUCUGCUCAGACUUUUCGAUAUUUCCAGAUGUCGUCACUAAGAGUGAGAUGCACAAGAUAUUUAGUAAUUUGGCUAUUGAUGUUAACCCACCACAGUCUUCUAGAAUGAUGAAUAGGAGUCAGACAAGUGGAAGAUCUAUGAAUAACAACAGUAGUAUAGUAGAGUAAUUGUAAUAAAACUACAAGGCUCUUGACUCGCAUUUAUUCAUUUAGGCUCUUGGCUUUUGCGCAUUACACAUAAGCAUCAAUGAUAAUUCUAGAAUUCUAGACAAAGAGCAGGAGGCUUUGGAAAAGAUUUUUAUGCUGAUAGAGAAACUAGCCAUGUCUGAAGGCAUAAAGAAGACUUGCAAGAAGCCUGAGUAGAAGUAUAAGUCAAAUGCUCUUGACAAGCUUGAUAUACUGUAAUAUUUUAGAAAGAAGUAUAAGUGGUACUUCGAGAUGAAGAGCUACUAGAUAAACUUCGAUCGCACUAUGAAGAUAUAGAAACCAGCAUUCUAGAUACUAACUAUGAUGGAUCAUAGAAGUCAAUCUAAUGCUACACUUUCAGCCAGGAAGCCUGAUAUGAACCAGACCUUGAGCAGCAACGGCAAGUACUCUAAUAAAAUGUCGACUCUGUCUCAGAGUAAAGCCAGUGCAUAUAAAAAGGCUAAUUUGAGAGGAGAAUUGAAAACAGUGAAAACAGAUCUAUUCUCAAUGGUAUUAAAAGAUUAACAUAUGUGA